CCCACCCCACCCCAACAUAUUGUCACACACAUGUUACAUAUUUACAUGUGUAUAUAUAUAUAUAUAUGUCAAUUAAACCAAGAUUCAGUCAACAACAUAAUUGUUUUAAGUUUCAACUUUUCAUAUGGAUAUGAACAAUUACAAUAUUAAUGGGUAUUAUGGUCAAUUUGAAUAUGGGGGUAACAGUUGGACACCCGGGGUGGAGAUCGGAGAGUCAUCAGAGGAGGUGAUGCUGGCGGCAAGCCACCCGAAAAAGCGGGCCGGGCGGAAGAAGUUUCAAGAAACGCGGCAUCCGGUGUACCGAGGAGUGAGGCAGAGGAGUUCCGGGAAGUGGGUGUGUGAAGUGAGGGAGCCGUAUAAGCAGUCAAGGAUAUGGUUAGGGACUUUUCCGACCGCUGAGAUGGCGGCCCGGGCUCACGACGUGGCGGCUUUGGCGUUUCGCGGGCGGUCUGCGUGUUUGAAUUUCGCGGAUUCUUCUUGGAGGCUUCCGACUCCGGCUUCGUUGGACCCUAAGGAUAUUCGGAAGGCAGCGGUGGAGGCGGCGGAGGGGUUCAGGCAACCAGAGGAUGGCAAUGGCGGUUCGACAGCUGGCGAGGCAGCGGUGGAAGAUUUUGGUGGGAUUGUGGAGUAUGUGGAUGAAGAGGAGGAAUUUGGUAUGCCGAGAUUGUUGGCGAAUAUGGCGGAGGGGCUAAUGUUGCCGCCUCCACCGCCAUAUGGGGGUGGUGAUGAUGUGGAGUAUGGUGGUGACAUGUCAUUGUGGAACUACUGAGUGUUUUUUAAAAGUAUCAGUGUGGGGGAGGUUAUAGAAUAAAGAAAAUGAUUGUUUAGGAUAUACGGUUGUUAGAACAUAUAACAGUUUUUCCACGUGGAACCUUUUGAAACAUAUAAUUGAUAGUUUUAUUUUUCAAAAGAGGACGGUUCUACUUCUUUUGUAAACCAUCUAGAAGGAAAUAUGAAAAGCAAAGUUGAAGAAAUAUCUAUAUUUGUUAACCAAAA